GUUCAGCUUUUUAUUGUUUGACAGAAAGAGUCAGAAAACGGAUGUACGAUCAUUCUCUUGCUAGUCCUAACGUGGUGUAAAGGUGCCGUGUUUCCAUUUGCCAAGCAGUGAAAAAUUAGUUUUAUUCCGGAAAAUCGCAUUAAAAUGGCCGACGAAUACUUCUACGGAGCUACCUUGAAGGAAGGUAACAAGACAGUGACAUGGGACCCAGACACCAAAGCCGAAGGUUACCCACGUACACACAAGCUGAUCAUCAAGCAGUGCAUUCUCGGACACGAGGCUGCCGCUGAUGAGUUCAAUGUAGUGCAGGUAGAAACCAUGACCAUUCGGGAUACACUGCGCAUUCCGAUCGCCGUGCUCAAGGUUGGCGAAGCCCGACAGUGUCGUUUGGACCUGGAAUUUUCCGACUCGCCAGUGACGUUCACGUUGGUCGAAGGCAAGGGACCGGUCCACAUCCAUGGACAGCAUUUGCUCGGAUCACUGGUCGAGGAGUUCGAGGAUAUGGAAGAAAUGGAAGAGGAAGUUCCAGAGGAAGAAGAAGAUGAUGAGGACGAUGAUGAGGAGGGUGGCCCACAGAAGAAGAAACAGAAGCUUACCAACAAUUCCAAGGGUAAGCCUGCCGGACCCCCUGCUGGCAGUAAUAGCGCCAAAAACAGCAAAAAGAAAUAAGCUGCUAGUUCCUGACUGAGUCCCUCAGAAUACAGCGAACUAACACACCCACACACUGACUGUAAGUGUUUCGUUCGUUUUCUCUUCCUCUUUCCUAUCCCAUCAGAACAACCCUCCUCCUCUUUUUUUUUUUUAACUAAACAUACAAAAUACACAUUUAGUAGAACAGCAACAUACAACAACCAAUAACGAUUGUAAGUCGAGUAAAGUGAUUUACCAAGCUAUAAUCGCUCGGAGUAAAUAUUAUACCGUUCCUUUUUCAUUCAAUAAAUUCAACCAGAACGGAGGGAGCAAAUUGCUUCCUCAACUAAAAUCUACACAUUAAUAUUUAAAGAAACAGAUAAAACUUAGAUUGUAAGAGACCACACUUCCGGCUCCCUCGGUACCUUUGCUCGGUUUUCCCAUUUCCGUAGUAGUAUUUUCCUGUCGACGCCUGUACACACGCAUCCGGGUAAGCUAACUACAAACAAUUCAAUUUGAGAGUGGAAUCAGAGAAAAUAAUAAUUUAAAUUGAAUUUUAAGGGAUGGACAUUAGUCUGUCAAAAAGGUGUGCUGUCGUCAUAGUAGGAGGUAGGGUUGUUACCUUUUAACGAAUAAGAAUUGAUCAGAACGUUGUGGGGGAAAUAAAUAUGAACUUGCAAAGCCCAACCAUCAGUAAUCUUACAGUCAUCGUAACCUAUUGUCUAGGGGCGGGCUGUUGUUUUUGGACACCCAUCAUCAUCAGAAGCGGGCAGUUGGCAGAAAAGUGUUGCGGGAAAUACGAGAGCGGAGUAGUUAGAGGGGGCAAGGAGGUUCUACAAAACGUGAGAAAAUAAAGAAUAAAAUCUCAUUCG